AUGGGUGCCCUGCAUCAGGCCACCCCUGUUCCACCGACAUUGCAGGACAAUGUGUUCUCAACCCAAGAUCAGGAACGCCAGCGGAAAGAUCAUCAGCAGGACAUACGGGCCUUUGCCGAUACAGUUGGGUAUUUUCAAUACCAUCAAGGCGGGGAUAGUUAUGUCGGGAAUGUGCAUUGGCUGGCUAUUCUGUGGGGCAUUCCCGUACUGAAAGACGUGCUUCGGGCCAAUACUUCUCCAACUGACGAACAAGACGACCUAACUAACAAGGCAGCAGUGGAAGAGCCUGGCCCUCUCCUUGGAUAUUCUGAGAAAACCAACAGAGAAGAAAUUCUAAGGGCUAUCCCUUCGAAAGGUUUCGUUGAUACUUUGAUGGCUGUGUGUUUUGUCAACACCGACAAUGAAGCAAUGAUUGUUCACCCUCAGACAUUUCAAAUAGAGUACGACAGAUUUUGGGAGGAUCCGACGUCAGCGUCUACGAUAUGGAUUGGGUUGUUGUUUAGUUUAAUGUGCCUCGCAGCGCAGUAUCAACAAUUCUCUUCCGACGAGGAACGCCGAUUGCAAAUAGCCAAAUCUCAACCGGAAAAUCUCGUCCGGCUUUAUCGUCAAAAGGCUAUUCAGUGCUUGAUCCUGGGGAAAUAUUUCCAAGGUCCACGAUAUGCCGUGGAAACCCUCUUACUCUAUUUAUUCAUUGAAGCCUUGAGGGAAAAGGAGACCAAGAGUCUGCAGGGCCCUUGGGUCGUAUGGGGGACUCUAGUCCGAAUUGCCUUCCGAGCCGGCUAUCAUCGUGACGGAUCCCAUUUUCCAACGAUGUCCUGUUUCGAGGCUGAGAGGCGCCGCAGAGUCUGGACCAUGAUCUUUGGAUGGGACAUGUACCUCUCCAUCCAGUUCGGACUGCCGCGCAUGAUCAAUCUGCCGCUAUGCGACACUGCUGAUCCGAGGAAUCUCUUUGAAGACGAUCUUGACCAGGACAUGCUCGAAUUACCCCCUCCCAGGCCAGAUUCUUCCCGAACUGUACCGCAAUUUCACGUUGCCAAAAAUCAACUUCUGUCUGUCUUCGGACAGAUCAACGAUGUUACGAUGUCGGUCAAUCCCUCACCGUACGCCGAAGUCUUGAGGCUGGAAAAAGUACUUACAAGCACUUACGAAUCGAUUAUCCCUGUUUGGAAACCUCCACCCGAACCACAAAGCCUCUCAUCCCCGUCGCAAGCCCCUGCCACCAUUAGUGUGCGGUGCACUUUUCUCGCUUUCAUCUACCACAGAGCACAGAUUGUUUUGCACCGCAAAUACAUGUCUAUCGGCAGAACUCAUGAACAGUAUGCAUCCUCACGCAAAGUCUGCCUUGAGGCCGCCCUCACGAUCCUUCGACACCAGUGGGCUCUAUACCUCGAGACUCGAGUUGGUGGUCAGCUGUGUCGUCACGGCUGGAAAUUUCUGUCUUUACUUAUGCAGGAUUUCCUUUUCGCAACGGCAAUCCUCUGUGCUGAGCUCGGGGAGGAGAUAGCUCUGGCUGCUCCAAACCCUGCCAAUGCUGCUCGUAUAAUCAGCGACGCAGGCUUGCGAAAUCGCGUGUUUCAUGCACUCAGUUCAUCCUACAUCGUGUGGCUGCAAUCGAAUGACUCUGAAAGUUCCCAAGAGAUCAAAACCGUGAUCGCGGCGCUCAAGCACCUCCUGGACAAGGCAGAAGAAAUUGGAUUUGGUCAGGCAAAGAUACAAGACCCGACGCCGGCGGGUUGUAUUCCUGGUACAGGCACAGGUGAUGGGUCAGCAAGUGCAACUUCUAAGAAGCCAUGGCAAGCCCCUGGUCUUGAAGAAGACAGACCUAGGAGCGUGGAUGUCUAUUGGGGCCUUGGACACUUCCCCAUUUGA